AUGCUCCUCAAAUCCGUCGCCACCACACAGUUUAUCUUCGCUGUCUUCUCUUCUUCUUCCCUUACCGGCGUCUGCGUUGAGAUUUCAUCGAUUUCAAUCUCUCCGAAGGGGAAGACAAAAUGAUUGAUCAGCCUCAGUACCCAACUAUCAUGCAGAAGGUGGCUGGCCAUCUGCAUCAUUCCCAGAACAUUCAGGCUUUUGAUGGCAGAUUCCAACAGCCUACCUUGUAUCAGAGACACUCUGCAUAUGGGAAUUACACCAAUGCCACAUUGCAGUACCCCAUGUGCGGAGCUACUUUUGAUCCAUUGAUGGUUGGGUCAAAUGUCUCCCCUGUUUUUGUCCCAGCCCCCAAAGAGAAAGGCCUUGCCGGUUUUGCCAUUGAUUUCCUUAUGGGUGGAGUCUCUGCUGCUGUAUCCAAAACAGCUGCUGCUCCAAUUGAGCGUGUGAAGCUUUUGAUCCAGAACCAGGAUGAGAUGAUCAAGACUGGUAGGCUCUCUGAACCUUACAAGGGCAUUGGUGAGUGUUUUAGCCGGACAAUAAAGGAUGAAGGGUUUAUGUCACUGUGGAGAGGAAACACUGCUAAUGUCAUCCGUUACUUCCCCACUCAGGCCUUGAACUUUGCAUUCAAGGAUUACUUCAAGAGGCUUUUCAAUUUCAAGAAAGACAGGGAUGGUUACUGGAAAUGGUUUGCUGGAAACUUGGCGUCAGGAGGUGCUGCUGGUGCUUCGUCCCUUCUAUUUGUUUACUCGCUGGACUAUGCCCGAACCCGUCUAGCAAAUGAUGCAAAGGCUGCAAAGAAGGGAGGAGAGAGACAAUUCAAUGGCUUGGUUGAUGUCUACAGGAAGACCCUGAAGUCUGAUGGUAUUGCUGGGCUUUACCGUGGAUUCAAUAUUUCAUGUGUUGGGAUCAUUGUUUACCGUGGUCUCUACUUUGGAAUGUAUGAUUCUCUGAAGCCAGUGGUCCUUACUGGAAGUUUGCAGGAUAGUUUCUUUGCUAGCUUUGCCCUCGGUUGGCUGAUCACAAAUGGUGCUGGCCUUGCAUCCUACCCAAUUGACACGGUUCGUAGAAGAAUGAUGAUGACCUCCGGUGAAGCUGUCAAAUACAAGAGCUCCUUUGACGCCUUUGCUCAAAUCCUGAAGAAUGAGGGUGCCAAGUCUCUCUUCAAGGGUGCUGGUGCUAACAUUCUCCGUGCAGUUGCUGGCGCUGGUGUGCUUGCUGGUUAUGACAAGUUGCAGGUGAUCGUGUUCGGAAAGAAGUAUGGAUCUGGUGGCGCUUAAUUAUCAGUUUUCUCCCCUCAUUUCCCCUUUAGCUCUAGGUAUGGUGAUGAAAAAUCUUUGAGUUCUAUCAGAGAAGUUAUCCCGGCGAAUUUUUUCCCUUGGAAUAAUUCAGUUUUUGCAGGGAGUUACUCCCCGAACUCGUUUUGCUUUUUCAGAUGAUUUUUUUGAUCCCAUAAAAAAACUGAUUCAUUAGAGUGGUUCAAACGCCAAUACCACUCCCUGGAAUUUCAGUCAUAUGACUUGAGGAUUUUAUUCCAUGUCCUUCUAUACUCUUUAGCAUUGCAAUGAGAUAAUUUAUGCUGGAAUUUGAUCCCUUUCCACAACUCUAGUGGUGGAAUAAUAAGGAAUUUGCCUUUGAUGAUUUUCCAA